AUGACAGACCAAAACCAACCACCGAAAGAUCCUCCGCCUCAGCAACCACCACCCAAUAUGGGCGAAGGAAAGCCACCUAAACCCAACCCUCCAGCCCCCGACCAAGGAGGCGCAGCCCGCCGCUUCUGUUGCUUAUGCAUUUUCAUCUUUCUCCUCUUAGCAGGAGCCGCCGUCCUCACCGUGUGGCUCAUCUAUCGUCCCCACAAACCUCGUUUCAUCGUCGUUGGUGCCGCCAUCUACGGACUCAACGCCACCUCACAACCCUUCAUUUCCACUUCCAUGCAGUUCACCAUCGUCACGAGGAACCCAAACAAGAGAGUCUCCAUCUUUUACAACAAGUUGCAAGCUUACGUCUCGUAUAGAAACCAACAGAUCACUCCUACCAUGGACUUGCCGCCGCUGUACCACGAGACGAAGAGAACGGUGUCGUUGUCGCCUGUACUCGGUAGCGGGAUGGUGCCGGCGUCGGCGGAAGUGGUGAAUGGACUGAUGAUAGACGAGACGUACGGUGUGGUGGCGCUGAAGGUGGUACUGUUGGGGAAAUUAAGAUGGAAAGCUGGUGCGAUCAGGACAUUGAAGUAUGGAUUUUAUGUGAGAUGCGAUGUUUGGGUUGGUUUGAAAAAGGGUGUGGUUGGACCCGUGCCUUUGCUUGGAGCUCCUCCUUGUAAAGUCGAUAUAUGAAACUCCAUUGCCAA